AUGGCCAUCUUCCGCCCCUCCACCUGGGGAAACAACAAUAGUGAGGACGGUCUGGACUCGCGCACGAUCGGCAUCAUUGUAGCCGUCGUAAGCGUGUCGAUACUGUCCGCUAUGGUGCUGUGCGUCUGUGUGCGGCGACGAAGAAGGGUCAAAUCAUCCAAUAACACACACGCGCCCAGUCUUCCCACACAUAUGUCCCAGUUACCUCCUCCCCCUCCUGCCUACAUCCGGCCUUCAGCAUCGGCCGAUCUACCCCCAUACCGGCCUCGGCAAGAUCGCAUUGAGCAAUCUGGGCCCCAUGCUGCAUGGGCAAUCCCCUCAUUCGCUCCUGUGCAGCCUCGCCUUCAGCGCUCCACGUCGCCGCCCUCCUCUUCAGCCCUCCCUUCUGCCGCUACUGGCGCCGCAUCCUCAUCCAUCAGUCCCCCUGCACCUCGGCGCUCAAUCUUCCGUCGGCCCGUCCCACCCCUCUAUACGUCUGAGGACCUCGCGACCAGCUCCACCACGGGCGAGGCGGGGGCAGUACCCCAGGUCACACCGUAUGAGCAUAGGCGAGGCCAGAACCCCUUCGGCGAGAGAGGUGUCGACGGGCGUCAUCCUGGCGUAGAGGGAUCAGUCAGGGGUGCAGAGGGGGGCACCGUACAGAGGUCGGUAUCAACGGCAAAGGCUGUACGCGUUGCUGAUGAGGUACCUGAGGAUGCGCCGCCGGGGUACGCGGAGGCGUCGAGGAGAUGA